AUGGCACCGGUCACUCUCCCACCAUCAUUCUUCAACUCGUUCUGGUCACCAGACUAUCGGACUGGUCUGGAAGUGUUGUUCAAGCAGCUGGAUCAGGGAUGUACAGAGAACAAUGACAUUGUGGCGUUCAUCGAGUCCCAAGCCAAAGGUCAUCAGGCUCUUGCAGAUACGCUCUCUACACCUCCUUUAUCACAUACCAACACGACAUCUUCCCUUCAGCAUUCCUUACUCUCCCUACGUGGUGCUUCGGCGGCUCGAGGUCAAGUCCACCAAGAUCUCGCCGAGGAGCUGGGGAGCAAAGUAUCAGGAUUCAAACAGUGGAAAGACAAGCAUGAGAGUAGGGUCGGGAUAGGAAAAGAAGAGCUACUCAGUCGGAGUGGUAUCAUUGCGAUUUGGGAGAAGGACGUUCAAAGGUUGAUGACGUUGCGACAGACUCACUGGGUCAAAUCUCGCGCCGCAGACGAUAGCGAGGAUGAUGCCAAAUUUGCUCCGUCCACCAUGACUCCCUCGUCAUCUACUUCAACGUCUGCUCCGUCUGAUCCCUCCUUGAAAGAGACAUCACCCACAACUUAUACAAGUGGUGUCAAUAGCGUCCUUCGUCGAUCCGGCACAGUGGCAGACCGGAUCAAUGCCAAACUCCGAGAUGCCAACGUCUCGUCGAACAGAAUUACCUCGAUUGACGGUAAAGAGCUGCCCCCGCCUCCUUCGGAAUUUGCCAGUCCUGGAUCACCUACCCGAGAAGAACCGUUCAUUCCACCUUCGGACCCUAACGGUAAACCCAUGAUCAAUGGUGGGAGUGGAACGGCUGGCAAGGGCUCGUCAGAGAGAGACAAAGAGCCAGACAUUCCUCAACCUCCUAUUCUCUUGUCUGGUCUUGCUUUACCUUUUCAAGCCCUUCAUGACCUCUUCAAUCGAUUCUCCGCGUACCUUUUGACAAACCCUGCUCCUCUUUCCGACACCUCCCAGUAUCCCAAGUCCAACGCCGCCAGAUUGAGUCGCCAACGAACCAAUCUGCUCGGCACGCACGAAAAGACUUUCAAUGGGGAAGAAAUGGUUCAAUGGUUAAGAGACAAUGUAGAAGGCUUUGGAGGCGACUAUGAUCGGUCCCUCGACGCAGCUGAAGAGCUCUAUCGGAUGGGUCACGUCGUUCGCAUAGGGGUCGGGAGAGGAUUCGACCCCGGAUACGAUACGUACUACACGCUCAAGACCAAAGCUCAGUCGGGAAACGUAUUGACAUCGGCUCUCUCGCCUACGACAAACGCCAACAUUCAAAGUAUGAUGAAGCAUCUGAUACCCGGGGCUUUGGCAGGUGACGAUGAACCUCAACAUGUCAAGCUCCGGCGAGAAGCGACGAAAGCCGAUGAAGCUUACCGCGAGGGUGUAGCGGUGGUUGAGGAGAGAAGGCUCGAAAUGGAAGAAAGAAUCGAGAGGGGUCUGAGGACCUGGGAACGAUGGGAGAGAGAAAGACUAGCAAUCGUCAAGUCGGUCCUGAAGCAGUACGGCGAGGCCAUUGCCCGUCACGCCCCCCGGAUCUCAGCACUUACAGACUCAACCGCCCUCUCAGUUGAAGCAUUUAACCCAGAUGCAGACCUCAAAGCUCUCAUCGAAGGAAACCGUACUGGACCUUUCAGACCUCAGCCUCACACGUACGAUUCGAUCGACGUUCCCGAUGUCAAUUUCGGUAUCGACCUCCGAAAGUGGUCAGGGGAACUCGGUUGGAAGGGCAUGAUGAAUGCGCCUCAAAGACCAAAAGGUUCCAUACCGGAAGUCUUGGAGAUAUUACUCAGGUGUCUGGGGGAGACGUACGAGUCUCUACCAGAUGAUGAGCGCCGCAAAUCGUGGAUUUAUGAGGUCCCACUGGUCGAGACUCAUGCUCUUCGAAGUCGAAUCAAUAGCGCUCACGCUUCUCGCGAAGAAAUCGAGGCCUCUAUUAAGCAGUUCAACGUACCUGUCAUCGCAGGGACCAUCAAGUUGUAUCUCCUUGAAUUGAACCCACCAGUCAUGGGAUGGGAGGGUUGGGAAGAUGCCAAGGCGGUGUAUCCUCAAAUCGGAGCGGACCAAGAGCGAGACGUCACUAGCGCUUUGACUUCUGUCCUCACUCGCCUUCCUGGCAUUCACCUCUAUGUUCUCAAUGCUAUCGUCAAGCACUUUGUAGACCUCAUCGCCAACACGAAAUCAGACGAGCCGACUGAUAAUUACAUCACCAAGUUGUCUCUGUCUGUCGGAAGAUGUAUUCUGCGCCCACAAUACGAAACGGAGUUGACCUUUGGCGAUCGAACACCAUCUCUAUUCCUCGCUGAUUUGAUCAAAAACUACACUAUCCUUCUCCCGCCCCUUGUUGACAAAAAGAAGAAGGACUCGGAACGCAUCAUGCCGGUGCGAAAGAGGACUGCUCUCGUGGAUCAACGGAUGUCAAGAUCGUCCAUGGGCGGCACCUCAGGGCCGUCUCUGUCCUUGGGCCUUGGAGGUGCAGUAAUGGAGGAGCCUAGCGAGGAAGGACCUUCUCCGCCGAUGACCGCCAAGCCCGCUCCUAUAGUCACUCGAGAUUACAGCUCGAGUCAGGCGACAACACCAUCAAAGAUCGGGACUCAGGCUCGUCCUCCUGCACCUGUGGAGAUGCCAAGUCCACCAGACUCACCGACGACAGAAGAGCCCUUCGUCCCGCCUUCUCAUCCGACCUAUCAAGAUCAACAGGAACCACCUUCUGUUCCGGCACCUGACGACAAAGAGGUCCUAUCGUCCCCUUCCGAGGCUGCUUUCGUAACGGAAAGUCCAGGCGGUGCAUCCGGGCUCAAAAGAGCCACUUCAGGUGAAGCAUCGUCCAGACUUCGUGGGCCCCGCGGUGCUCGCGGACCCAGACCUGCACCUGGCAGAGUGGUCAGCGGGGCUCAAGUAGCCGGCAUCACGCCAGUAGCGGGAUCUCAUAGCGCAGGUAACAGCGCAGAUGGACACUCAGAUGUGGAAGCGGCACUGUCCGGUACCGCGGCGUCAGGGGCAGCCACCGGGAAUGGUGCAGCAACUGUGGGCGGGCUUAAACGCGGGACGAGAGUGCAUAAGACCGGCGGAUCGGUCAGUCAAGCCAUAGCAGAUCUAGAAGGGAGAUCGAGAUGA